AUGGUAUACGCUCGUAUACAAAUCGCCCGCCCUCCCCAGGGUGAGGGUGAGGCUAUACCUUCGUCUCCGCAACAGAUCCACGGACAAGGACACCAGCACCACCAGCACCACGGAUCUUCUCGACUCAACGGACGGCUCAGCGUUCUUGACGCCAGCGUAGAGCAAGCCGCCUUCGACACUGUCCAACUACGUUUUAGAGGUAUUAUCCUCUCGUCGGUUGGGUUCAACAGUGCCAUUGAGGACAUCAUCACCCUGACCGACGUCAAAGCCCUGUCCGACUUCCGACCGACGACUUCUUCCUCGAACUCGAGCCGGACCGACUCUGAGAAGGCCCGACAUGUGGAUUUCUACUUCCAACUGCCCACCAAUGUUUCGGCAACUGACGGCACGUCGCGCUCUCUCCCUCUCUCGACUACUAUUAGAGGUGUCACCAGCGCAUCACCAAGGGGUGGGCUGAACGACUAUCAAGUCAUUCGAGGUGACUGCGAGGUGUCGUACUGGGUUGAGGCCCAAUUUCGCCAGGCCGGCCGCGAGGUCGGAUUCCUCUGCGAGCACGUCAAGAUUUCGUCACUUUACCCUCGCCUCCGAGUCUCGCUGGCCAAAAGCCUACCACUCACUAUGCGGGCUAAGCCUGACCUUCUCGCCCGCUGUCGACUCCAGAAAAGUCCCGCCCUCGAUGUUGCUUUAUACGAGCCAGAUAUCAUCAUCGAGCACGAUGCAACUAGUGGCCAACGACAAAUCACCCUCCCCAUCGCUGUAACAAUGGACAUCCAACCGCCAGCCUCAGGCGCCGACUCCCUGGACGCACGACAGUCAUUUAAAUGCUCAGUUGAAGCGAAAUGGGAGGUCCACACCCGCUUCUCAACCGUCGCCAUAUCGACUGCAGACAGAAUGCCCCCGGGCGACACCAUCUACAAGAUGAACACAGCUCCAACCCAGAAACACAUCAUUUUGUUCCGGCCGCUACCACUCUACGAUGACCAAGUCAGUCCAGGCGAAAAAUUCCGACGCCUGAACUCGUAUGUGGCAACAUCCCAACUCGAUCUGUCUGUUCCCGAUGCUCUCUCCCAGCCAUCUCUUCGCUGGAAGCACCUGACGCGGACCUACAUGUUGCAGCUGUCCCUGCAUUUUCACGGUCUCCGUGGUACUCCAAGGUACAGCUUGUGUAAACAGAUCCCUUUGUCGGUGUCAGCCGAUGAGUCUAAAGUGGGCGAGGUGCAAAAGAACGAAGCCAUCGUCAGUAUCUCCGAAGCCAACAACAUCCCGGAUGUUGAGGGCGACGUCCAUGACAUGACGACUCUGCGACAUAUCCGGACUCAGUCAACGAGAACGCCACCACCACCAUACUUCCGAUGA